UCCGAACCGACCCUCGCAUCUGUCAACAUUCUCGGCCCGGCCCGAGGCGUUCGGCUGGUUCUCAUUGGCCCGACUGGUGCCAACGUCCGCCCCCGGAGCCCAAGUGCUGGACCCCAUUGGCUGUGCCGGCCGCCGCUCGCCCUUAAGUGUCAAUUUGAGGACCCGAGGCGGAGGGUGGCGGCCGAGCGCACAGCGAGUCUGCGGGAGUCGGGGCAGUGGGGCCGCCGGGCGCGCGGGGCAGGCGGCGAGCGGAGCCGGCCGAAGUGGGCCGGGCAGCGGCCGCCGCCGUCCCGGAGCGCGAGGGCGGGCCGGAGGAUGGAGCUGAACUCCUUGCUGAUCCUGCUGGAGGCGGCUGAGUACCUGGAGCGCAGGGACCGAGAGGCCGAGCACGGCUACGCCUCGGUGCUGCCCUUCGACGGCGACUUUGCCAGGAAGAAAACAAAGGCGGCCGGCCUGGUGCGCAAGGCCCCGAACAACAGGUCUUCACACAAUGAACUAGAAAAGCACAGACGAGCCAAACUCAGGCUGUACCUGGAGCAGCUCAAGCAGCUGGUGCCCCUGGGCCCCGACAGCACCCGCCACACCACACUGAGCCUCCUGAAGCGCGCCAAGACACACAUCAAGAAACUGGAGGAGCAGGACCGCCGGGCACUGAGCAUCAAGGAGCAGCUGCAGCGUGAGCAUCGCUUCCUGAAGAGGCGCCUGGAGCAGCUGUCCGUGCAGAGCCUGGAGCGCGUGCGCACGGACAGCACCGGCUCCGCCGUCUCCACCGACGACUCGGAGCAAGAAGUGGACGUCGAGGGCAUGGAGUUUGGCCCCGGCGAGCUGGACAGUGUUGGCAGCAGCAGUGACGUGGAUGACCACUACAGCCUGCAGAGUGGUGGCUGCAGCGACGGUGGCUAUGGGCCCCCAUGCCGGCGGCCUGGCUGCCCCGGCCUCUCGUAGGCCCAGUGCCCUCUGCUCCGUGGCCCACCUGCCCACCCAGCCAAGUGCAUCAACCCUCCAGUCCUUUCAAGCCUCUCCGUGGGCCCACUGCUGUGCCAUUCUGGAAGCUCCAGCCACCUCCUGGGCUGCCCACCUCCACCCGCCUGCUGGUCAAGGUGCACCGUGCCGUCCGCCCCUCCCAGCUGGGCAGGGACCCCUGCAGGGGGCGGGUCCAGCUCCCACAUCCUGGAGCCCAGCGUAGCCGCCCACGGUCUGUUUUCAGAUUCCUAAUCAUUCCAGAAGUAUUAAAUAUCAUUGCUGCAAACCUCGGCGGGCACCGUGUAAGAGGCUUAAUGACCACUGCGGGGAGCUUGGACCCUAGCCUGGAUCCUAGGAGAAAGGAAUGGACCGAGGAAGGAAGGCAGGCGUGGCUCUCCAUCCGUCCAUCUGUCCAUCUAUCUGUCAGUCCACCUAGGCUCCUGAAGCAUGGACAGAGGGAUCCAUGAAGGGCGGGACUCGGGUGAGCACCCUGGGGCAGGGGGGCGGGGAGGGGCUUUUGCACCCCGUGGGUGUCAGGAGCCAGGGCUGGGCUCCUGGGGCAGGCCAGGUCACCCGACACCCAGCUAGGCAGCUUCUGCUCUGUUAGGUCCCUCAGAUGUACACAUGCAUGCGCCUAGGCACACCUGCCCACACACACAUGCACACACGCAGACACACAUGGUCACCAGACCCAGAGGUCCUUGGGAACCAGAGAGCACAUGUCCUGGCGUGGUGGGCCUUCCCUGGUCACCUGGGCAAACCCUGGCGCCUGGCCUGUGCCUGGCUCCCCCUCCCACCCCUGGUCACCUGCCCAGUCUGCACAGGGAACUGGCUUCUCCUCCCAGCAGGGGCUGAGGUGUGGCAGGGGCUGGAGAAUCGAAACAGCUGGGUCCUCAGGGGGCUUUCUCAUUUCCCUUUAAAAAAAAAAAAAAAAAAGGCUGUACUGCCUAGCAGCCCAGAGCAGGGCUCCUGUGAGGGAGGCUUUCCCAAAAGCAAAAGAAAUGUUUUUAAAGAGAAAACAGCUCUACAGCCUCCUGCUGAGUGCUGUCAGCUUGUGCUGCCACUUCUAUUUCCUGGACGAGAUUUUUGUACUCUAUUUUCCUAGCAUGUUGCGUCCUUGUUUGCUGAGGGGUGGGAGUGACCCAGCAUCUCAGGGACUCGCCUGUCACCAUCAUCCAAGUGUGCCUUGUGUCCCAUGUCUGGCCCCACCCCAGCCACACCACCAGCAUCUCCCUCGUGGCUCACGGGAUGCCCUCCACCUGCCCAUGGGACAGUCCCUCCCAGCAGCCAUGACUUCCUGGGAGUGAGAGAUUACAGGGCCAGGUCAGGGGCUACACUGGGCAGUGGGGCUGCUUUCUGUCACCUGGCAGGAGGAGUCACGACCCGGCCCACAGACAAGGUCCUGUCCUCAGCAGCUUGUGGGAACCUGCUAUGCAGUCUGGCCUCCUGGUGGGAGCGGGCUGCUCACCAGAGAAAUCGGUUCUCACGUGUACCCAGCUUGAACUCUCCCUGCUCCUCUAGAUUUCAGACCUUGGCAGCUGAUGAAGACAGCACACCCUGGGUGGUCAGGCCUGGGCAUUAGGACGCUUUUGGCCUUUCGUUCCAAAGUCCUUGUUCCCAGGGUCCACACGCAGCAAGCAAUACGCGGGUGGUGGGCUGUGGGGCUGACCCACCGCAGUGCCUGCCUCCCUCCCUAGUGCAUUGUAACCAAUUUCCAGAUCAUGUUUGUCUUCAGCCAUACCGAUAGACACCCCAGGGUAGGUGGCCUAACCCCUGGAAAUAGCUCUGGCACAGAACCUGCCCUGUGGGGGCUCAGGAUGGCAGGUGAAGAGUAGGCCUAUGGGGAGGGUGCUCGGAGGAGCUGGUGAGAUUGUCCACCCCUCUUGCUAGUGGUUGUAAGGGAAACUGUUCUGUUGGCACCUCCUUCUAGCUGCACUGGGGUUCCGGGGGGCCCUGUCUGCCUGAGCGUGUCGGCUGAGCGUUCCUUGCGAGUACCCCUCUGCCCUCUGAGCAGGGCGGGAAUGCCCGCAGUUAAGAGCCUGCUUCAGGAUCCACAAGUCCAGGCAUCUCAAAGCACCAGCUCCCCACCCUACCCCCCAACACCUGGGGGACUUUCUGCUCCACCUCCGGCCAGCAGAAUCGUACCCUGUGACCCAACUUGGUCAUCAACUGACCGUACUGGCAGCUCCACUGUGGCUUUUCAGGCCAUGGUUCCUGCAUGGGCCGGGAGGUGGCCUCACCGGCCAUCCAGGGGUGCUGUGGUCCCAGACGCCCUCCCCACACCAGCAGAUAUGUGAGGGGUGGUCCUCAGGGCCAGGCUGUGGUGCUAGAAGUUACACAUCCAUUCCCCUCUCUCCAGCUCCUGUCAUUUGCACAGGUUGGCUGUUGCUGGUGGCCAUGGGGACCCAGCGGACGUAUUGUUAAGAGCACACCUCAGCUGUCAGGCCUGUAGAAAGCAAGAGACCAGAACAGCGCCCUCUCCCCACGUGCCCUCCCGUGCCGGUGUGGGUCACUGUAGCACUCGGUGGCUGAGAUCCUGGAACCCCAGGCUCAGGUUUGGGUCUCCACCCUCGUUGGGAGGUGACCCCCACACUCCAGGCCACCACCACCCUGGUGUCGGCCCAGCUGGCUGGGGAGGCUGCAGGGAGGCUCCUCCUUAGAGCCCUGGGCCUGCCUCUGCAGAUCGGGUCUUGGAGGCACGAUGCCCAAGCCUGCUUCCUGGGCAGAUGGAGCCCUACACCCACUAUGUCCCUGAGGGCCCCGCCCUCCUUUCUGCCCCAGACGACUCCAUCUGCUGGGUGAAGCAGGCUGCCCCACUCCUCGCCCCCUGCUUCUUUCUGGGCCAGCUACCCUGGUCCCCUCCCCACUGCUGGGCACACAGGACUCAGACCCUGGGCCUCAUCUAGGGCACUAAGGCAGGUUCCGUGCCAGAGUCCGGGGCCGCCCAGGGGGCCUGGUGCUGGCCAUGUGGGCGCAUUACAAGAUCCUCCCUGGAGAGAGACGGGCCACCCACCUGCCUGCUCACCGGGAGGGACUGUGCUGUACCUUCUGUCUUUGUAAUAUAAAUACAGAUUUUUAUACCUCA